UCAGCUAUUUUUGAGGAAACAUUCAACAUAGCUCUUGGUUUAAUUAAUAUCACAAUUAUGGAUUCAGCUUGUCCUUCAGAGAGAAUAGAUGAAGACAUAGCCUGGAAUCGUGCUUGUGAUGCUAAUUAUACUUUAGCUGAACGCCUAAGUGAUUUUAGUCUAUGGAGAUCCAAGUUAGUAAAUGAUAGAGCUGGACUCUGGCAUUUAAUGACAAACUGCCCUACAGGAGUUGAAGUUGGUCUUGCUUGGUUAAAACAAUUGUGUAAUAGAGGUGCCAGUCUUCAAAUCACACCUGAAGGUAAAGAACAAUAUGUAUCAGGAGCAGGUGUUUCUGCAAUUGGUGCUAUUCAUGAUUGUUCUUUAUCAGAUUGCCCAUGUUUAGAUGAUAAUUGGUGUCAAUGUUGCCAAUUGAAUUCAAACCAAUGUGAUACAGGUGGAUUUUUGAUGAGUUCAAUUACAAAUUAUUCAGCAGAAAGUUUUAGUCCCUGUUCUAUUGAUACGGUCUGUAAAGGGUUUCCAGCUUUAGAUACUUGUUUAUUAGAUUUUGAGGAACAGAAAGAUGUUUCAUACCAAUUAAAUGUAUGUGGUAAUGGUAUUAAAGAAGAAGAUGAAGAAUGUGAUACAGGUGGAGUAGAAACAGAAUGUUGUGAUCCCAAGACUUGCAAACUUAAAAUGAAUGCUAUCUGCGAAGAUCAAAAUGGAGAAUGCUGUUAUCAAUGUCAAUUUCGACCCACAUCUUACAUGUGUCGAUCUGCGAGUACACCUUGUGACUUGGCAGAAUAUUGUGCAGGUCAUUCCUCUGAAUGUCCAGAGGAUGUUUAUCUACAGGAUGGUCUAUUAUGUGGUCCCAAUAAUCUUCGUUGCGCUUCAGGUCAAUGUACUUCUAGAGAUAAACAAUGUCUUACUCGUGGUUUUGCUAUCAACAUUACUCAAUCCUGUUUAACGAAUAAUGAAGAAUGCAAACUAUUAUGUAACUCACCUUCAAGUGACAAAUCAUGUUUCAUCUUUACUGAUAAUUUCAUUGAUGGAACGCCUUGUGGGUUUGAAGGAAGAUGUAUGGGUGGUGUAUGUGAAAAUGGAGAUGCCAUUAGCAGCAGUCUAAUAUGGUUACAGAGACAUAAACAGGUAGUUGUACCUGUUGUAAUCAUGAUAUCGCUUAUUUUAUGUGUGCUUUUAUUUUUAUUAUGUCAGUCUUUUGGAUGCAUUCGACAAAACAAAAGGAAACCCGCAUCUUCUAUUACUACCAUCAUGAGGACUCCCCUUAUUGAUGAUAAGAAGAGUAGUAGUAGUAGUAGUAGUAGUAGUAGUAGUAAAAAGCACUCUGAAGAUGAUAUCUCUUUAUUCAGUACAACUUGUACUAAAUCAGGUUAUAUAAAAGAAAAAGAUUUCUUUUGA